AGUCAGUUCGCGGCGGUGCUCCCGCAAGUGUUGUGGAUGUUGAUUUUCAGUUUGCGUGUUUGUUAUUAUUCACAGAAGAAAGGAUUUGUGACUUAAAAUUUAUUUCUUUUCUUCUACAUUCAACAUUACUUUAUGUGGUAAAAAUUUCUCAAGAAGAUGAACAAAUGAUGUUUUUUCAUCUAACAGAGUAUCAACAAUAUCGCCAUUCUGAUCGAAGAAAAGAGUUCUAUUUUUCAAUGGUAUAGCAGAUGAAAUACAGCCCCCAUUAUCUUCGAUCCGGCAUCUUCUCCUCUCCCUAUCUGCUUAAUAUUUCCGAAACGAAAAUAUUGCUAAAUAAAAAAGAAAACAACAGUGUUUCUUAACCUCUACAAAUAAUGAUUCACAUAACGCAAUCAGUAAAGUUUUUCUUGGAAUUUAUCCAGGAAAUAAAGACUUUUCUCCCUUGAUGUUAUUGUGUCCCUUCAAACAUAAAAUCCAUCUUUAAUAAAUAACCAAUUUUUCACUUUUAUUGCUACUGGAACUAAGAAUGCAAAUUGCAAAACAAAGAAAAAACAAUGAAAAUUUAUUAUUGAUAAAGUUUUAAAAAUGAUAAAGUUUUGUUAAAUUUUUCGAAUCACACGCCUCUUUUGGCACAUUAAACAAAAUAACGAUAAAAAUGACCGUGAAUAAAGUGGUGACGUUAAUAAUCUCGUAAACAAUCAUGAAAGUAAUUAUAGAAAACAUGACUGCCCUCGAUGCCAUUUUGAAAAAUAGAAAAUUACAAGAAUAUCGAAAGUGAUACAGGAAAGAAAAAAAAAGAUGUUGACAGUUUUUCAUCGGGUGAAUGCUCUGAUUUAAGGAACGGGAUUUUUUUUUAAAUAACAAAACAAGUGCUGGUUUUUCCUUUUUCGCGAGUGAAAUUUUUUUUUGAGAAAAAAGUGUUUUAAAAAAAAGGAAAAAAAUGGCGACACCUCCAGAUUCGCCGGGAGCAGAAGACGCACUUUUCGAGUUUGAAAAUCCACGACCACGACACCAAAACACAAGGCCUGUUGCCCUCGAAGAGCUCUUGAGGCAAACAAAAUUUUCCCGACAGGAAAUCCGUGUUAUGUAUCGCGGAUUUAAACAGGAGUGCCCAGAAGGAGUGGUUCAUGAGGAUUCGUUUAAGGACAUCUAUGCCAAGUUUUUUCCACAUGGAAACUCCAGCUUCUACGCCCAUUACGUGUUCAAAGCUUUUGACGUAAACUGCAAUGGCGCCAUCAGUUUUAGGGACCUUCUAGUAACACUUUCGACACUUCUGAGAGGAAGUGUUUAUGAGAAAUUAAGAUGGACUUUUAAAUUGUACGAUAUCAAUGGAGAUGGUUGUAUAACGAGGAGUGAACUCGGUGAAUUAGUGAAUGCAAUUCACGAAUUAAUGGGCAGAAGACAUCAUCAACUUGCCGAAGAUGAAAAAAGAGCGAGGGAUCAAUUGGAUCGAGUUUUCCGGAAGUUGGACCUAAACCAAGACGGAAUUAUAACCAUCGAGGAAUUUAUUGAAAGCUGCCUCAAAGACGAUGUGAUUACACGAUCGUUGACGAUGUUCGACUCUGAACUUUGAUCUCCGCCUAAAAUCAUACCUUCAGAAAAAGAAGAAGAAGAAAAAAUAAUGCCCACGAUUAAUUCAACAAUCAAUGGUAACGAUUCAUCGA